CCACCUUACAUUAACUGCUCUGGACGGAGGAAACCAGCCCGGUCAGGGACACUUAAGAUAGUGGUACAUGUUAUGGAUACAAACGACAAUGCUCCGGUAUUUAGUCAAUCUCUGUAUAAAGCCCAGGUCAGUGAAAACGCUCCAUUUCAGACAUCAAUACUGACUGUAACUGCCACAGAUUUAGAUGAGGGAAUAAAUGGAGAGAUUGUGUAUUCAUUUAUUGAGAGAGGGAAUUUCAACCCUGAGGCUUUGUUCUCAAUAAACCCAGAUACAGGGGAAAUAUGUGUGAGGGGAAAGGUAAACUAUGAAGAGAAUAUAGCUUAUGAUAUCCGUGUGCAGGCAAGAGAUAAAGGUACUCCUUCUCGAAGUGUGCAUGGUAAAGUGUUAGUGGAAGUAACUGAUGUUAAUGACAACUUACCUAAAAUAAUUAUUAGCUCUCUCAUGAGCCCAGUGAGAGAAAACGUUGAGGUGGGCACAGUGGUCGCUUUGGUGACGGUGACUGAUAAAGAUGGGGGUAAAAAUGGUCUCACGAGUGCUAACAUAGUCGGCUUGGUGCCUUUUAAACUAAAGUUAAACUACAAAAACUAUUAUUCAUUAACAGUCGAUGGACCCCUUGACCGAGAGAGUGUUUCUCAAUAUAAUGUCACCAUCACAGCUGCUGAUGAGGGCACACCGCCUCUCUCCAGCACCACUGUUAUUCCUGUUCACAUUUCUGAUGUGAAUGACAACUCCCCUUUUUUCUCAGAGCCAGUGAUUAAUGUGCAUGUGAAUGAGAAUAGUCCAGCGGGAGCUACUAUCGUCACUAUAACAGCAGUUGAUCCUGAUACAGGAGAAAAUGCUAAAGUAACAUAUUCAUUAUUAGAUGGUAUUUCUAAAAUGAUUCCACUAACUACUGUUAUUAACGUCAACUCAGAAACAGGAGACAUAAUCAGCUUACAGUCUUUUAACCAUGAAGAGUUAAAAACCUUUCAGUUUAAAGUCCAGGCCACAGACUCUGGUGUUCCUCCGCUCAGCAGCAACGUGACUGUGAACGUUUUAGUCCUGGAUGAGAACGACAACAGUCCCACGAUCCUCGCGCCCUAUUCUGAGCACGGCUCCGUUAACAGUGAGAGCAUCCCCUAUUCUGCUGAAGCGGGAUACUUUGUGGCAAAGAUCAGGGCUGUAGACGCAGACUCUGGAUACAACGCGCUGCUUUCUUACCACCUGUCUGAGCCCAAGGGAAACAACCUGUUCCGGAUCGGAACCAGCACCGGAGAGAUCAGGACUAAGAGGAGAAUGAGUGACAACGACCUGAAAGCUCACCCCUUGGUGGUGAUGGUUUCUGAUAACGGAGAACCCUCCCUGUCCGCUACUGUGAGUAUUGACGUGGUGGUGGUUGAAAGCACAGCUGACAUCCAGACUCAGUUCAGACAUGUGCCCAUAAAGGAGGACAGCUUCUCUGACUUGAACCUGUACCUGCUGAUCGGCAUCGUGUCGGUGUCGGUGAUCUUUCUGCUGAGCCUCAUCAGUUUAAUAGCUGUCAAAUGCCACAGGACCGACGGCAGCUUCAGCAGGUACAGCGCCCCAAUGAUCACCACCCACCCUGACGGGAGCUGGUCUUACUCCAAGUCGACUCAGCAGUAUGACGUGUGCUUCAGCUCAGACACGCUGAAGAGUGACGUAGUGGUUUUCCCACCACAGUUUCCUCCUGUUGAUGGUGAACUGAUCAGUAUAAACGGAGGAGACACUUAUGGCCGGACUCAGACCUUACCAAACACAGAAAAGGUAUAUUAA